AAGAAGGCGAAGAAUAAUUUGGCGCAAAAAACCCCGCCGAAUGCGGCCCGCUGACUAAGGCGGGGCUGAUUGAUUAGAUUAGGGUAUCUUAUCUAGGGUUUCUGCACGGCCGUUUGUUCUGCCGCUCCGGGGGCAUCUCGACUUGAUGGCGAUGCAAUGCAGGCAGUUACUCGCAUCCUAGCACAAGCAGACCCUGACCUCUGACAUGAGCUUACCGAUCCUGGACACGGAGGAAAGUCCCUGAGCCCUGGUGACACAGCAGGCCAUCAGCCAACGCCAUCGUCCGACUUCCCCUCAUUGUUCUGUUGCCUAAUCCGGGCAUCCGGGGCGCCACAGCAAUCUAUUAGAUUGGGCUUACGAGAAUAGCCGAAUUAGCAGGGGUUCGCCCCGGUUUACGAUCGCGAGCAUGCAGCUGCCAGGGACUGUACCCAAGCGAGGUCCCCACGGCAUCACGUUGUCGGCAUUGUCCAUGCGCGUGGUUCUCCCCCACCUUUCGCCACGAUGUCAGCAACUCUGCAGAAAUAUUACGUGCAUUUAGCCGGUCAGCUGCCUAUUGCGGUACGGCAUGAAGAGCUGACAGAUUUCUGACUUGAUCUACUCGGUUCUGGCUCAUGGUAGGCACUAUCCUGCCAACACGGGGGUAUGUCUCCGUGGUGAAUUCGCAGAGCUAUCGUGACGGCAUGCGGACCGCGAAGCCGUCGACAGAGCUCCAGAUGCAAAGGCCGUCAAGUAUACGCGAAGAACAGUGCUGGAUGAGCAGGUUAUAAAAGCCCUCGUCUCUCGACGAUGUCGUUUCUCCCAUUCCUCAACCACGCUCAAUCGUCAUUCACACAAUGGCAUUCUCCUUCCAAUUCUACAAGACCGCUCUCCUGCUGGGCUCUAUUCUGGGGUCCGUCCAGGCCCAGAAGGUUGGCACCCAGCAGACAGAGACUCAUCCGUCCCUAACCUGGCAGACCUGCACCAGCAGUGGCAGCUGCACCACCAACAACGGCAAGGUUGUCAUCGACGCCAAUUGGCGAUGGGUGCACACCGUUGACGGCUACACCAACUGCUACACCGGCAACAAGUGGGACACGUCCAUCUGCUCGACCAAUGCCGAAUGCGCCACGAAGUGCGCAGUUGACGGUGCCAACUACCAGCAGACAUACGGCGUGACCACCAGCGGCGACUCGCUGCGUCUGAACUUCGUCACCCAGAGCCAGCAGAAGAACGUCGGCUCUCGUCUCUACCUCAUGAAGGACGACAACACCUACGAGUCGCUCAAGCUCCUCAACCAGGAGAUCACCUUCGACGUGGACGUCUCCGCGCUGCCCUGCGGUCUGAACGGCGCCGUCUACCUCGUCAACAUGGACGCCGACGGUGGCAAGUCCAAAUACCCUACCAACGAGGCCGGCGCCAAGUACGGAACCGGAUACUGCGACUCGCAAUGUCCCCGAGACCUCAAGUUCAUCAACGGUCAAGCCAACGUGGAGGGUUGGGUCGGCUCGUCCAACGACCCCAACUCGGGCGUUGGUAACAAAGGCUCCUGCUGCGCGGAGAUGGACCUCUGGGAGGCCAACAAGAUCUCCACCGCAUUCACCCCCCAUCCCUGCGAUAACCCUGGUCAGACCAUCUGCACGGGCGAUGCGUGCGGCGGCACAUACAGCUCCCAGCGAUACGCAGGUACCUGCGAUCCGGACGGAUGCGACUUCAACUCGUUCCGUCAGGGCAACAAGACCUUCUACGGGCCCGGUUUGACCGUUGACACCAACAGCAAGGUGACGGUUGUGACGCAGUUCGUGACCAACACGGGCACCGCAUCCGGCACGCUCUCCGAGAUCCGCCGGUUCUACGUACAGAACGGCAAGGUGAUCCCGAACUCGCAGUCCACCUGGUCCGGGGUGACCGGCAACUCAAUCACCAGCAGCUACUGCUCCGCUCAGAAGUCGCUCUUCAAGGAUGAGGGUUCGUUCGAGCAGCACGGUGGCCUGGAAGGCAUGAGCGCUGGAUUGGCACAGGGCAUGGUCCUCGUGCUGAGUCUGUGGGAUGACCACCACUCGAACAUGCUCUGGCUGGACAGCAACUACCCGACCGACGCGCCGUCGACGAACCCCGGCGUGGCCCGCGGUACCUGCGAUAUCUCGUCUGGAGACCCCACCGACGUCGAGGCCAACCACCCCGAUGCCUACGUCGUCUACUCGAACAUCAAGGUCGGUCCUCUGGGCUCGACCUUCAACAGCGGCUCCAACCCUGGCACCGGCACCACGACCACCACCUCGCGGGCCACCACCACGACUACCAGCAGCGGAGGCACCCAGACCGGCGUGGCUCAGCGCUAUGAGCAGUGCGGUGGUGCCUCUUGGACUGGACCCACCAAGUGUGUGAGCCCGUAUACAUGCACGAAGGUGAACGACUGGUACUCUCAGUGUCUGUAG